ACCGUCGCAUCGUAACAUAAUCGAAUCGGCCCAAUAUUUCUAACACCUUGUGUCUCUGAUAUUUUAAAAAUCACACAAAAACAUAGAAGAAAAAACGCAUCGUCUCUUUUAUUUUCUGUUUAUUUGAUGAAAUACUAUUUAUGUCAAGUCUACGCAUACAAUUUGAUGCAUACGUUGGAAAUCCAAAGUGCAACACACAGAACACGCUACCACUGCUUCUGCAACGCAAUGCUGCAGGGCAAACGCAGCGUUCCAUUGGAUAUGAAUGUAUUUCUGGUGUACCAAAAAGCAAUGACGAUAUCUGUCGAGGUCGAGGUUUUACGCAUGCGCUGUUCAAUGACCGGUGAACACAAUGGAGUCACGUAUUCUGAAGUCAAGUCGUCGUGAAAACUUGUCUGGAACCCCCGACUCAUUUCAACAUUAGCUGGUCUUGUGACGGAAACCGUGGCCGAGUCGCAUGUUGACGGUUAUUGCCUUUCAGCUGUAUCGUAAUCGCUCCAAAUAUUGCUGAGCAAGCUGUAUGAGAUCACCUGCUAUCUAGAACACUGUUCUAACUCCCCCUUUCUUGAAAUGUUUUUCAACUAUUGUGUUUAAAGGCAGAACAGUAGAAAACGUCCAACCGUCAUAUCAUAUCAUAAAAAUGUCAGAAGUGAACAUGGGAAGACGAAAGGAGAAGUGUGAGAAUUGCACUAAACAGUGCAACAAGAAGCUGAGUGGUGAAGACGUCAGCUCCCUUCCGGAGGACGAUGUAGCCAACGGAGAGGUCCCUGCCUCCUCGCCUCCCCUCCAGCAGCAGGUGUUGCUGAGUGCCUGUCUGUCCUGUGAGGGUUGUGUGUCAGAGGAGGAGAGCCUAAAGAUCUCUCAACAGAACCUGGAGGAGGUGGCCCGGGUCCUGGGCCAAAACAAGAAGUGUGACGUGUCCAAACACCAGGUCCUGGUGGUGUCAGUGUGUUCCCAGUCUCUGCCUUUCUUCGCUGUCAAGUUCGGCCUGGACAUUCCUGAGGCCACACGCAAACUCUGUGGCUUCCUCAAGAGCCUCGGAGUGCAGUAUGUGUUUGAUACCACUCUAGCUGCAGGCUUCAGUAUUCUGGAGAGCCAGAGAGAAUUUGUCCAGAGGUACCGUGAUAACCAGGCCCUACCCAUGUUCACCUCCUCCUGUCCAGGUAAUAUUUACACCUUUACAUAUUUACAGUGUAGGGAGUCAUUGAACCAUCUAAACCGCUUUUAUAUCACCUCACACAACAGUGUUCAUCACCUCACACAACAGAAGCUGAGCCCAGACAAGCUGUACCACAUGGUGGUGGCCCCGUGCUUCGAUAAGAAACUGGAGGCAGUCCGAGAGGAGUUCUACAACAGUCUACUGGACACCAGAGACGUGGACUGUGUCCUCACGUCAGGGGAGGUGUUCCUCAUGAUGGAACAGAUGAAGGUGUCCGUAGCAGACCUGGACUCUGUCCCUCUAGACCACCUGCUGAGUGAGGCAGGGGGCCAAGCCUUGGUGAGACAUGAGGGCAAAGGAUCGGAGGGCUUCCUGGAACACAUCUUCAAAUACGCUGCUACGAAACUGUUUGGUCUGGAUGUAGACGAGAUCACGUACAAGACUCUCAGGAACCGUGACUUCCAGGAGGUGUGUCUGGAGCGGGAUGGGAAGGUGCUGCUGCAGUUUGCAUCUGUCUAUGGCUUCAGGAACAUCCAGACUCUGGUCCACCGCAUGAGGACAGGAAGCAUCCCCUACCAACUGGUGGAGGUGCUGUCAUGCCCAGGAGGCUGUGUGAGUGGUCGUGGGCAGGCGGAGGGAGAGACAGGGGGUCGGGUGGACAAGGCCUUGGUUCAGCAGAUGGAGGAGGCCUACAGCAGUCUAACAGUCAGGCUGCCUGACACCAACCCUGACCUACUCAUACUCUACCAGGAUUGGCUGGAGGGACAGGACUCCACGCAUGCGAACACACUCCUACACACACAGUACACACAGCAGACCCCCAGCCAGACACAGACAGACAUACAGUGGUGAGACAGACACACAGAAACUCAAACACACCUUAACAUCCAAAAGCCCAAUCAAUCACUGACCCUCUGUCUCCUACGGACCCACUGCAGUGGUUUCCAUAGGAACCAUUGUAUAGGCGGGGAUGGCCAGAGGGCCUGGAUGCUGUGUUUGUGUUCCUUUGCACCCUGCCUAAAGAAUCAUCUCUGGAAAAUACCCAUAUAUCCAAGAGACUUGAUUCUGAACUUCCUUAAAUCAACCAGAUGGUGGUGCUGUUAUUCCAUACGAUAUACUGCUCUAGAGUGCUUUGGAGGCUGAUCCACUGCUUUCACCAUGGAGGGGAAACAGAACAUAUUUGUGCUACGUUCCAGAGGGACUUCAUUAUGUGACAGACACAUUUGUGACACGGGAAAACAAUUGUAUCUGCCGGCAACAACCCUAAAAUGAAUAGUAUUUGAUUCAAGGGGACGAAGCAGGAAAAGUAUCAAACAAACUGUGUCCUGUUAACAUGUAGUGAAUGUGAAACCUGUAAGUAGGACGAACAGAAUUCUUAGAAGUGAUCCAAACAGCUCAAAUAAAACCAGUUGUACUUGUUUCAACUGUGAAAUGUA